AUGGCUUCCAGAAAGAGGAAGCACAUAUGUUCCGGCGACCGGAUAUCCCAACUGCCGGAACCCAUUCUGCAUCACAUACUCUCCUUCCUUUCCCAAAAAGAGGCCCUCCAAACCUCCGUCCUAUCCAAAUCGUGGCGCGAUCUCGGCUCCACUCGCCCCAACAUCGACUUCCGCGUCGCCGGCGACGACGAAUCGUUCGAUUUCGCCCUCGAAACAGCUCUCAGCUGCUGCCGCGACCGUAACCUCCGCAUAACCCAAUUUUCCGUCGAGAUUCUCCAGGCCGAACACGUUUCCUUCAUGGAAGAAUACAUCCAGGACGUGUUCUCUGGCCCGUGCGGCGGCCCAACCACGUUUUCUCUCAAUAUCACACUGAAUUCGGGACGGUAUUCCUUUUUCGACCUUCCUCCAGCUGUCCUCGAAUCCGACUCCCUCAGAUCCCUAUCCCUAACCAACUGCCGCCUGAACUUCAACCCGGCCGAGUCAGUGGUCCGAUUCAAGCACCUCAACUCACUCUUCCUCAACUGGGUCAUCAUCCACAACGAGACCCUCGAGCGGUUCAUCCUUCCCGGCUGCCCCCUCGUGAAGCGCGUGGAGCUCAUCUCGUGCUUCGGCCCCACGACCAUCCGGCUUAACCAUGGCUGCCUCGAGCACUUCCACUUUCAGGAGGCAAGGGGCCUAAACAAGCCGGCUUUUGAAAUCAUAUUCGAGGAUACAGUGCCAACACUCGAGACCAUCAAUAUCAAAGGCUUGAGCAAUGCCUGGUGUAUCAACUACCCCGCCUGCUUCCCCUUUCUCAGGUCCCUCUGCCUGGAGAAUGUAUACUUGCCAAUGGAGUCAUUCGAAAUCUCCUCUGCCGAUUUCCCUUUCCUCGAGCAUUUAUCAAUCAAGUCCUGCACGGGCUUCGAUACUUUCCGACUUGUAAACUGUUUGGUUCGUCACCUGACUAUUUGGGUCUCUCGUAAGCAGGUUCUUAGUGAAAUCAAGAUUGAUGCCCCUGUAUUAGAGGAGUUUGUUUAUCGACCUUAUGUUGCUGGGCCAAUCUCUUUUUCUGGAGAAACUUCGACUAAGAUGUGGAAAUCGAGUAUACAUUACCUUAUGUUUAACAUGGAUCGACUCGCCCAUUUGUCUCAGUGGUUUAUCGACCUCCGAAAGCUGCUUGAGGAAUUGAGCCGGUCAGAGAUUUCACUGAUACUUCCAAUAUUUCAGUUGAAUCCUUUUGAAUUUGAACCGGACAAUUUCGAAAAUCACCAUAGUCAUAAUAAUAAUCCUGUGGUGGAGUUUGAUUACUUGGAGCUGUGUUUUAGUGGUUAUUCGUAUUCCUGUUUGAUGCAUUUCUUGAACUGCAUGCUUUGUUAUUGUCGUCCGAGGAAGAUACGUACGGUUCUUGAUGGAGGCACGAGGGGACUCGUGGGGUUUGUGUGUCGAAUGCUCUUAUUGGGGGAGAAAGAGAAAGAAGAAGGAAAAGAGAGCUGCUUUUGGGGACAAGGUUUGGAGGGAGCUGCCAUGAAUGUGUUUGACGAGGUUUGUAAUGAAUGGCUUCCGGUGGAGGGGCCAAGAUUCUUAGAAUCUGCUGGUGCACUUUGCCCGAAGGACAAACAGGUACAAGUUUGCUUCAGAUUGAAAUGGAAGGACUAG